GUUCCGGAGCCCCGCGCCGCCGCGCCGAUGCCGUUCUCGGGCGAGGAGCGGAGCCUGCAGGGGAUCUACAAACCGGCGGGGCCGGCGGAGGGGCGGCCGGUCUGCUCCGAGUGCUACACCAACCGCUCCUUCGUCUACGACGAUGGCAGCGCCCACAGGCUCUCGUCGCCCGGCGGCUGCGGCGGCGGGGACGGCGGCGGGAGCCGCAAGAGCGGGGUCAUUCUGGACAUCGCCUCCCUGAAGAUGACGGAGCUGGAGUCCGAGGUGCUGCCCCUGCCGCCCCGGUACCGCUUCCGCGAUCUGCUGCUGGGGGACCAGUCCUUCCAGAGCGACGACAGGGUGCAGGUGGAGUUCUACGUGAAUGAAAACACCUUCAAGGAGCGGCUGAAGCUCUUCUUCAUCAAAAACCAGCGAUCGAGCCUGAGGAUCCGGCUCUUCAACUUCUCCCUGAAGCUGCUCACGUGCCUCCUGUACAUCGUCCGCGUCCUGCUGGACAACCCCGAGGAGGGCAUCGGCUGCUGGGAAUGCGAAAAGCAGAAUUACACAGCCUUCAACCAGUCCACGAACAUCAACUGGUCACACAUCUUUUGGGUGGACAGAAAAACCCCUCUGUGGGCCGUGCAGGUCAGCAUCGCCCUCAUCAGCUUCCUGGAGACCAUGCUGCUCACCUAUCUCAGCUACAAGGGGAACAUCUGGGAACAGAUUUUUCGCAUUUCCUUCGUCCUGGAGAUGAUCAACACGGUGCCGUUCAUCAUCACGAUAUUCUGGCCUCCUUUGCGGAAUUUGUUCAUUCCUGUGUUUCUGAACUGCUGGCUGGCCAAGUAUGCCCUGGAGAACAUGAUUAACGACCUGCACCGAGCCAUCCAAAGGACUCAGUCAGCCAUGUUCAACCAGGUGCUCAUCCUGAUCUGCACCCUCCUGUGUCUCGUUUUCACGGGGACCUGUGGCAUCCAGCACCUAGAAAGAGCAGGUGAGAAGCUCUCCCUCUUCAAGUCCUUCUAUUUCUGCAUCGUCACCUUUUCCACCGUGGGCUACGGAGAUGUGACACCAAAGAUUUGGCCUUCCCAGCUCCUCGUGGUGAUCAUGAUCUGCGUGGCCCUGGUGGUGCUGCCCCUCCAGUUCGAGGAGCUCGUCUACCUGUGGAUGGAGCGGCAGAAGUCGGGGGGGAAUUACAGCCGGCACCGCGCGCAGACCGAGAAGCACGUGGUCCUGUGCGUCAGCUCCCUCAAGAUCGACCUCCUCAUGGACUUCCUCAACGAGUUCUACGCCCACCCACGCCUGCAGGAUUACUACGUGGUGAUCCUUUGCCCAACGGAGAUGGACAUCCAGGUGCGGCGCGUGCUGCAGAUCCCCCUGUGGUCCCAGAGGGUGAUCUACCUCCAGGGCUCCGCGCUCAAGGACCAGGACCUCAUGAGAGCCAAGAUGGACAAUGGAGAGGCUUGCUUCAUUCUCAGCAGCAGAAACGAGGUGGACAGAACAGCGGCGGACCACCAAACCAUCCUGAGGGCCUGGGCUGUCAAAGACUUUGCUCCAAACUGUCCUCUCUACGUUCAGAUCUUAAAGCCAGAAAAUAAAUUUCAUGUCAAGUUUGCCGAUCACGUUGUGUGUGAGGAGGAGUGCAAGUAUGCCAUGCUGGCACUGAACUGUGUCUGCCCUGCCACCUCCACCCUCAUCACGCUGCUGGUGCACACCUCCCGUGGCCAGGAGGGCCAGGAGUCUCCGGAGCAGUGGCAGCGGAUGUACGGGCGCUGCUCGGGCAACGAGGUCUAUCACAUCCGCAUGGGCGACAGCAAAUUCUUCAUGGAGUACGAGGGGAAGAGCUUCACCUACGCCGCCUUCCACGCGCACAAGAAGUACGGCGUCUGCCUGAUCGGCAUCCGCAGGGAGGAGAACAAAAGCAUCCUGCUGAACCCCGGGCCGCGGCACAUCAUGGCAGCCUCGGACACCUGCUUCUACAUCAACAUCACCAAGGAGGAGAACUCUGCCUUCAUCUUCAAGCAGGAGGAGAAGCAGAAGAAGAAGGGCUUUGCGGGCAGGGGCAGCUACGACGGCCCCUCCCGGCUGCCCGUGCACAGCAUCAUCGCCAGCAUGGGUACAGUGGCCAUGGACCUGCAGAACACCGAGUGCCGCCCUGCCAACAGCAGCAAGCUGGCGCUGCCGGCCGAGAACGGCUCGGGCACGCGCCGGCCCAGCAUCGCCCCCGUGCUGGAGCUGGCUGACACCUCGUCCCUGCUGCCCUGCGACCUCCUCAGCGACCAGUCCGAGGACGAGAUGACGCAGUCGGACGAGGAGGGGUCGGCGGUGGUGGAGUACGUGAAGGGCUACCCCCCAAACUCGCCCUACAUCGGGAGCUCCCCGACCCUGUGCCACCUUCUGCCCGAGAAAGCCCCGUUCUGCUGCCUGAGGCUGGACAAGGGCUGCAAGCACAACAGCUUUGAGGACGCCAAAGCCUACGGCUUCAAGAACAAACUGAUCAUCGUUUCCGCAGAGACAGCCGGGAACGGCCUCUACAACUUCAUCGUCCCGCUGCGGGCGUACUACCGCUCCCGCAAGGAGCUCAACCCCAUCGUGCUGCUGCUGGACAACAAGCCUGAGCACCACUUUCUGGAGGCCAUCUGCUGUUUCCCCAUGGUUUACUACAUGGAGGGCACCAUUGACAACCUGGACAGUUUGCUGCAGUGUGGCAUCAUCUACGCCGACAACUUGGUGGUGGUGGACAAGGAGAGCACCAUGAGUGCUGAGGAGGACUACAUGGCAGAUGCCAAGACGAUUGUCAACGUCCAGACCAUGUUCAGGCUCUUCCCCAGCCUCAGCAUUAUCACGGAGCUGACCCACCCCUCCAACAUGAGGUUCAUGCAGUUCAGAGCAAAGGACAGUUACUCUCUGGCCCUUUCCAAGCUAGAAAAGAGAGAGCGAGAGAACGGCUCCAACCUGGCCUUCAUGUUCCGGCUGCCCUUCGCGGCCGGGAGGGUGUUCAGCAUCAGCAUGCUGGACACGCUGCUCUACCAGUCGUUCGUGAAGGAUUACAUGAUCACCAUCACUCGGCUGCUGCUGGGCCUCGACACCACGCCGGGCUCCGGGUACCUCUGUGCGAUGAAGAUCACUGAGGAUGACCUGUGGAUCCGGACGUACGGCCGCCUCUUCCAGAAGCUCUGCUCCUCCAGCGCCGAGAUCCCCAUCGGGAUUUACAGGACGGAGUCGCACAUGUUCGCCACCUCCGAGCCCCACGACAUCCGAGCGCAGUCACAGAUCUCAAUCAAUGUUGAGGACUGCGAGGACACCAAGGACGUCAAGGAGCACUGGGGCAUCAAGACGAGCCACCACCGGAACUCGUGUUCCAGCGACCAGUCGGAGCACCCGCUGCUGCGGCGCAAGAGCAUGCAGUGGGCACGGCGGCUCAGCAGGAAGGGCAACAAGCACUCCAGCAAGACGGCCGAGUGGAUCAGCCAGCAGCGCCUCAGCCUCUACCGGCGCUCCGAGCGGCAGGAGCUGUCCGAGCUCGUCAAAAACCGUAUGAAGCACCUGGGCUUGCCCACCACCGGGUACGAGGAUGUAGCAAAUUUAACAGCCAGUGAUGUGAUGAAUCGGGUAAACCUGGGAUAUUUGCAAGAUGAGAUGAACGACCACCAGAACACCUUGUCCUACGUCCUGAUCAACCCCCCCCCGGACACGCGGCUGGAGCUCAACGACAUCGUGUACCUGAUCCGCUCCGACCCGCUGGCCCACGUGGCCAACGACGGCCACAGCCGCAAGAGCAGCUGCAGCAACAAGCUGGGCUCCGGCAACCCCGAAACGCGCGACGAGACCCAGCUGUGAGCGGCCCCCGAGCGCCCGUCCCCGCGGGCCCGGGGCUCCGGGGGCGGGCGGGGAAGGAGAGCUCGGCCCAGCCCCGGGGGAAAGGCGGCUGCUGCCCGCGGCGCCCCGGAGAAGGCGAUGCCCAGCCUGGCUCUGCGUCGCGGGAGGGAUGCCCGGAGCCCCGGGAGGGGCGGCACAGCCGGACACACCCGCAGCCGGCGGCCGCGCGCCCCGGGGAUUUUAACUUUUUAUACCGAUACCGCAACUAGUGAGAAAGUCUUCGCUGGUGCUGGUGGGACGUGGCUGAGCCCAGACGCCGAUGGCCCCGGGGGAGCAGGGCUGUGCUUGGUAUCGGCCCGGAUGGUGCAGGUUGGUGAAGACGAGGGUACAGCCGCACCGAAACCCUGCUCCUCUUCCUCCUCCUCCUUCGCCAGGUGUCCCCCAGGGUACCCAAACUUCUGCUCUUUCACCCAACCCAUGUUCUUCAUGCUCUGCUGGGUUUCUGUGGCCGCGCCGGGCGCUGGGCAAGGACUCUGGUGGCCGUGGGACAGACGGGAUGGAGGGGACAGGGCACGGCAGGGGCUGCUCUGCCCCCAGCCCUCGGGGCAUCUCACAAACCAAAACACGCCAAGCCCAGGGGACCGAAAGCAGGGCCAGCUCUGUGGCGGUGCCUCGGAGCCCCUGGGUUUGUGUCCCCCUGUGCUGCUGCUGGAGCUGAGCUGCGUGGGGGACUCAGGGAUGCUUGUCCGGGGUGGACGGGCUGGGCUGGCCAGGGACGUGGUGGUUUGGUGGCUCCAUUCGCCCUUUCCCCUCCGGCCAGGGCACUCUGGGGUCCAAACCCCUGUCCUGGCCGCGGCCUGCUGUCCUUCCCCUCCCCGCGGUCACAGCUCGGUGACGCCAUCAAGGCAGCGGGUUCUGCCUGUCCCCCCCGGCCACCACGGCCCCCUGGCAGCUCCAGCCCCCCCUGCUCGGCUCUGUACCCCCUGUGCCCCCGGCUUGCCCUGCAGCUGAGGUGCAUGAACGUCCCCCCCGACCCGCAGGGACCUGGCACCACCACAGACACCAGGUGUGCUUUCCAUCUGCCUUUGCACAUUCUACAGCGUCGAUGUGGAAAGGGUUGGUUUGAUUGCCAGGUGAAAAACCGAGUCGUUGACUUUCUAUACUUUCAUGCUCAUAUCUUACAAUUCUAAUGUGAUUUAAUUUUUUUAGCAAGGAGCUUGUGAAGUACAACAUGGCCAUGAAGCCCCAUCAGCUUCCUGCACUCGCUGCCAGCUGAAUGAUUUAUUGCCAUUAACAUUCACUGUUUGCUCCCCAAUGCACCCCCAAUCAAUGUUUACAAAGAAAACAAAACAGAAAACAAGCCAAAACCUGAUUUAAAUGAGUUUUAAACAGCUGGAGAGAUGCCCCAGCCUAUGGGGAUGUGCUGCCCGUCCUGCCCGUGGCAUGAGGGAGAACAGAGAUGCCCAGGGUAGGACCAGUGCCAAGGCUGGUAUCACCUGGGGAGGGGGUUGAGAGAGACCUGCAGUGCCUGGAUGAGGUUUGGGAUCCAGCUUUUAUUUUUUUUUAUUGUUGUUUUUCCCUGAAGUGCCAGGCAGGAGCCCCUGAGUGGAGGCAAUCCCAGGCUCAGUGAGGUACCACAGGUAAAAGCAAUGAGUGCACCCCUCCCACCAGGCUGAGCUGUGGGCACAAACAGAACUGUCUUUAAAGAUUUUUUGGGUUGUUUUGAUGGAUUUUUAAUGAUUAAUCUUGGAUUGGUUUGGUUAAGGCAGGCACAAUGUUUUAUUUAUUUCUGUUUGUAGCUUCACAUGCCAAAUCUGUCAUUUAAAAAUGGCAAAAAGAAAUUUUAGGCUAAAAGGUGGGUGUGGUUGAAGUACAAAAGGACUAAAAAAGUGCUAACUUGAAGUCUCAGGAUGCUCAGAUCGUGGAGUGUGAAUGGAUUUAAGUGUCUGCAUUUAAUAUGGAUCAUUUUCCAAACUCCACUUUGCUUUCAAGGGAGAGUGGAACAAAGUAGUAUUACAGGUUAAAAAAAAAAAAACAAAAAACAAACCAGCAAACAAACAAAAGCCCAGACCCCAAAUAAAACAAAAGGUGUGAUUAUUUGAAUAUAUUUACUGAGAACAUGCAAUGUUUAUUUUUUUGUUUGUUUGUCUGGCUGUGAGCUGUGUGUGUGAGAGCGCAGGGAAGCGAGCGCAGCUCCUCAGCUCAACCCUCCCAUGGAAAGAAAAUUUAAUUUCUUUUAAAAACCCUUAAUUCACUUAAAAUUUCACCCCCCAGCCCUGAGCAGCCAGGUCAGCCAUGUGGCCAAAUCCAGGGUCUGUGCUCCUGAGGCUCCACUGGCCGUGGUGUUGGGUCCCUCCUUCCUCAGCGGGCACACGCAGCUCCUUCCUGCCCUUAAUCCGAGGAGAAAAUGAUCCCAAGAGGAAACCACACGCCAAAAGCACUGAAGCCUCUGUGUGGUUUGUGAUAUUAUCAAAAUGCCCUCGAUAUUCCUGUAUUCUGACCACGCUUCUGUUUGUUCAGUGUACAAAAUCCCUGUAUUUGAAACGGAAGCUCCGUGUACAAACCCUCGGGUUCCUUCUCUGGUGUAAAUUUCCAGCCGACCUUCCCAUGGGAUGGGGAAAGCCCUGUAAAUACUCACCUGUGGGCAAUGCAAGUCUGAGAACCAAGGGUUCAUUUUUCUAAUUCCUUAGCCUCAGUUACAGUACUAAUGUAAAAACAAAAGCAGUUUAUUUUUCUAAUGGUCCUGGAAACGUUGAUGCAGCGACGAAGAGUCGCUCCUGCCGCUGAAAGGGCCCACAAGGAGCUUCCAUGGGAACAGGAGAAUGGCUGUUGCUUCCAGCCAUGGAAAAAUCCCCAUUUUCAGGAGGAAAUAGUUGUGUUCCACUGCAGAGACCUGGCAGGCCCUGGGGGAUGCAGAAACGAGGCCAGCUGGGAUGUUCUGGGCUUUUCCAGCAGCGGCUCCGGCGCAUGUUCCGUGUCCACUAACGGUUUGAUACGCUCAGUAUGGACUAAACCCACAUAUCCUGCAUUAAACUCAACUACUCCAACCAAUGUUAUGAGUAUAUUUAUUUCCUGUUAUCCCCCCUUUUUAUUUAACCUCUAUAGAACAGGACAGUUUUAUUCCAAGCUCAGCUCCUGCAUGGAUUUUUAUCAGCAACAGCAACUCCCGUCUUUCCUCUCGGAGACCGAAUUCCGGGAGCUGCUCUGCUGGGAUGCAGCCAGCCAAGGGGAGAGGGUUUUGUACAAUUCUUGUGAAGAUGCUUCACAUUUCUGUAAAGAUAAAUGAAAAUAAAAGAGCUGCAUGCAGCAACAGGAGA